AUGCUCGCCAGGUCCGAUGGUGGAAAGGGGAUAGAGGGCGUCUGUGUGUUUGUGUGUGUGCGCGGGUAUGGUCGGUCAUCUCGACAGGGCUAUCCGGGGACGACACGACGCCGAGGAGGAUCGCUGGCGCGGUCAGACGGGAUUGUUAUUGUUCCGGACGACACCUUGGUGGAUGAGAAACCGUCUGAGAAUGAUCCGGGCUUGGAACUUGAAGGCGUCUCCUUCCUCCGAGGUCGGACGCUGUGCCUGGUUUACAAGUUUACCGACCCAGGUGAGGAUGGUGAUGACUGUCGUCGAACUGCAGUUCUCGCCCUUAUGUAA